UUUUUUUUUUUUUUAUAUUUGUUUUCUUAUUACGAUUGAAAUAAUAAACCUUACCAUUUGAAACACACAUACAGAUGGCGGACAUUCAACAGCUAACCAAAAUGGUUAUUGGGAUUGAGACAAAGCAAACAGAGAAUCCGACUGAUGCUGAUGAUGGGACCGAAAUUGUUAUUCAACUACUUGAUGAAAUGGUUGGGCAUGUCAUGCAUGUUGACAUCAUGGAGAACGCAGGGGUUGAGAACCAUGAAGUGGGUGAAGAACCCGAGCAACCAAAUGCUCCUGGGGUUGUGAUUGUUGUGGAAGAUGAACCGCCAAUAGCAACUGAGGAGCUGGGACCUAGACAUCCAUCAUGGCGUUACAAAGAUCCCAAGCAGGCAGUGGAUGAAGUUGAAAUUGUUGGAAUGUUUGGGGAAGAAGAGACACCGGACGCUGGAUCUGUAUCCAAACGCUCGUGGGGGAAAAGACCUCUAUGUUACAUAGAGGAUGUUCGCCGCCGUCAAAAUACGUUUGAACAGAAGAAGAAACGUAUGAAGAUACUACGAGCAAAACUGAGGAUGGAAAAGAGCUCAACUAGUGAAGGAGGUGAUGGCGCAGGAGAUGUGGUAAUCCCCCGCAAGAGAAGACGCACAGGAGAGAAAGAGCAAGGACCAGGCAUGUUCUACCAGUGGAGUGCAUCAUAUGCAAGAAGAGCAAAUGGAUCCAGCCGCCAUAUGGACCGCGGAAAAAAGAGCCACUCACCAAGUGCGAAUAUGAAAAAGGUACAGUCAUAA